AUGUCUUCGAAGCAUGCAGCACAGCUAACUGUGCUGAAUACAUUGCGAAAAUCUAUAACUCCACAAUCAAGUUGGACUGAUAAGGACGAGUUCCUCGACGUUAUUUAUUGGAUGCGACAAAUUGUUGGAUUAAUAACAGGCAUUUUCUGGGGCCUCUUACCUCUGAGAGGUGCUACGGCUAUAUCUUUGUUCUUUAUUGUCAAUUGCAGUGCAGUCUAUCUCUACUCGUCCGUGUUUCAACGCAUAGAUGAAGAAGAACACGGCGGAUAUGGCGAAAUAUUAAAAGAAGGUCUUAUGACAACGUUUGCUACUUUCAUGAUAGUUUGGAUAGUUUUCUUUGACAGAUUUUACGGCCCAGUAUUCUAA